AUGGCACUCCGGAACGCUGCAGCGGGUCGAACGCCAGCGUGGGGCAACAAUGAUCUUCGCCCAGAGCUACAGACAAUUCAAGGUCGUUUCUUACGUACAAUAUUGCUGCAAUUUAUUGGCGGAAUUUGGGUCUUUGGACUCGCUGGGUUUAUCGUGCUUUGGAUAUUAUCGAUUUCAAGUAUACUUCGAUGGGUUGUGACACGAGCAGAGACGCCAGUUCCGCAAUAUGUACAACUUUACUUGAGCUUUAUUGUGGUAUACGAGGGAUAUCACUACGUUACGAGGCCUUCACGUCAUCAGUGGCCAUGGGCGCGGCAGCUGAUGCGCUAUAUCUUCUUGCAUUAUCCGUAUUUUCGUCUAAACGUGACAGUGUUUGAAGAGAAAAUCAAGGUUGAAGUAGAUAGCAAAGAGACGCUAGAUUUAGCUGUUGCUGCGUGUGAGGCUGUUGAAAAGAACGAUGUGACAGCUUUUGUACCACCUAAUGACCAUGCGCUGUUUGCCUUUCAUCCUCACGGCGUACUAUCGUGUGGAUGGUCGUUUGGAGGCGUGCACCAUAUGAGCUUCGAAAAUGCUAAUUGUCGUUGGUUAGUAGCGGAGAAUUUGUUUUAUUUCCCAAUUAUGCGUGAUUUAAUCAAUUGGAUGGAAUUCACAAGUGCUGCCAAGGCAUCUGUACGAAAGGUACUUCAAACGGGACAGAAUCUAUGCUUGAUGCCGGGUGGGUUUGAGGACGCGACAUUGUAUGUGAGAGGCAAGCAUCGUGUGUAUAUUAAGCAGCGCUUUGGCUUCAUUAAACUUGCGUUGCAAUAUGGGUACAAAGUGCAUCCAGUAUACACAUUUGGUGAAGAGUAUGCGUACUACACUUUUCCGUAUUUGCUGAAUUUUCGCCUUAAACUCAAUGAGUUUAAGAUUCCUGGAACUCUCUUCUUUGGUCGUUUAAGUGCUUUUCAUCUGCCACGAACGGACGUCGAUCUCGUAACUGUGGUUGGUGCGCCUUUAAUUUUUCCAAAGAUUGAACAUCCAACGAGAGAAGAUGUGAGAAAGUAUCAUGAAGAAUACGUGACUGCAUUACAAAAGCUUUUUGAUCGCUAUAAAGCCGUGUACGCAGUUGAUCCAGAAGCUACUUUAGAGAUUUACUAG